AAUAAACAAUUAUAAAAGAAUACUAUUUACAAUAGCAUUGAAAAAAUUGAAAUACUUGGAGAUAUAUCUGAUGAAAGAUGUGAAAGACUUACACAUUGAAAACUACAAAACAUUUCUGAGAGGAAUUGAAGAAGGCUUAAAUAAAGGUAGAGGUACACCUUGAUGAUGGACCAGUAGACUUGAUAUUGUCAAUUCUCUCAAAAUGAUCUAUGUAUUUGGUGCAAUCUCAGUCAAGAUCCCAAUAUGCUUUUCCCCCCAGAAAUUGACAAAGUAGUUCUAAAAUUCACAUGAAAAGACCUGAAGAAUGAACAGAGUGGGAGGAAUGAACAAAUUUGAACUCAUAUUACCUGACUUCAAGAUUUAUUACAACGCUAUGGUAAUCAGUACAGGGUGGUAUUGUCAUAAAGAUAAAUAAUCAUUUUCUCUUCUGGUCCCUGGUGCUUCGCGAGUCGCGGGCUUCUGUGCAGAGAUGGCCAAGUCCAAGAACCACACCACGCACAACCAGUCCCGAAAAUGGCACAGAAACGGCAUCAAGAAACCCAGAUCACAAAGAUAUGAAUCUCUUAAGGGGGUAGACCCCAAGUUCCUAAGGAACAUGUGCUUUGCCAAGAAGCAAAACAAGAAGGGCCUGAAGAAGAUACAAGCCAACGCCAAGGCCAUAAGCGCUCACGCUGAGGCCAUCAAGGCCCUGGUCAAGCCCAAGGAGCCCAGGCCCAAUAUCCCAAAGGGCGGCAGCCGCAAACUCAGUCAACUUGCCUACAUCGCUCACCCCAAGCUUGGGAAACGUGCUCGUGCCCACAUUGCCAAGGGGCUCAGGCUCUGCCAGCCAAAGACCAAGGCCAAGGCAGAAACCAAGCCCCAGGCUGCAGGUGCGGCUGCAGCUCAGGCUCUCAAAGGGGCUCAGGCUCCUGCCCCCAAAAGUGCCCAGGCUCCCGCUCCCAAAGGUGCCCAGACCCCCACGAAGGCUCCACAGUAGAGGCCUCCGUCUGCGGACGUGAGGACGGAAGGACUGGUGGAACCCCUAGGCUGCUGUCUGCAUGGCGCUGGUGUCCUCCUGUGCUGUUUGUACAAAUAAACCUGCGGCAGGAUCUGUCAAAAAAA